GGCUCUCAAGAAUUUGUCCGCCAAUUGCGAAAGUGAAGGAAGGAAGGCGCGUGGAUUUCUCCGUCUCUCUCAGACAACUGUUUCCAUUUUCCGCCAUUAACGCUCCUCUCUUUCACUCACUCACUCACUUCACUGGUUAACCCUCCUUUUCCCAUUUUCUGCUUUUGGGUUAUUUGUUUCCAAUCAUGUUUUGUCCGUACACCCAUUUCAACUCCAUUUUAAACCCAUUUAUCCCUCUUCUUCAAGCCUAGCCGAAUCCCAUUACACGCCUCCUUACAGCCGCCACUGAGAGCGAUUAUCAGCGGCUAUUGGGUCUUUCCGUGAUGUUCAAAUUCUUGUUCAAAAAGGAUGUUCGCAAGAUUCUCAAGCGCAAGGAUAGCGAUGCCGGCCAAAGGGGAAAAUCGUUGGAGGAUUUGCGAGGAUCGUUAUUUAGCAAAUUUCGCUCGCCCGAAGGUGCCAAACGUCAGCAGCAACAUUCUUGUGGUCCUGCUGUUGCUCUUACCUUCAAUUUCUUUGUUGCAGUUAGUAUUAUCUUCAUGAAUAAAUUGGUGCUUAAAACUGUUGGCUUUACAUUUCCUAUAUUUCUCAGUUUCAUUCACUAUUUCAUCAGCUGGAUAUUGAUGGCUAUUUUCAACUUUUUCUCUAUCCUUCCUGCAUCUCCGCUAUCGAAGACGACUCGUUCAUCGACUUUACUUACUCUUGGUUUAGUUAUGUCGCUAUCUACGGGGCUUGCGAACGUGAGCUUGAAGUAUAAUAGUGUGGGGUUUUAUCAGAUGGCAAAGAUUGCUGUAACUCCAUCCAUUGUAUUGGCAGAGUUUAUAUUAUAUGGAAAGAAAGUAUCUUUCUUCAAGGUCCUAGCACUUGUCGUGGUGUCUGUUGGUGUCGCUGUGGCUACGGUGACUGAUAUGCAGUUCGAUCUCUUCGGUGCUUGUAUUGCAUUGGCAUGGAUCAUUCCUAGCGCGGUUAAUAAGAUUCUUUGGUCCAGUCUGCAACAGCAGGAGAACUGGACAGCCAUGGCGUUGAUGUGGAAGACAACACCUAUUACAUUGUGUGGUUUUAUUGCUUUAAUACCUUUCUUAGACCCGCCUGGUGUUCUAACUUUCAACUGGAGCUUCAAUAAUACUCUGGCUAUUCUGCUGUCAGCAAUUCUAGGCUUCUUGCUUCAGUGGUCUGGUGCCUUGGCACUCGGGGCUACCUCUGCUGUCAGCCACGUCGUACUCGGGCAGUUUAAAACCUGUGUCAUCCUUCUCGGGAACUACUAUCUCUUUAACGCCGAUCCAGGCAAAACCAGUAUAUGUGGCGCGUUCACAGCUAUAAUGGGCAUGUCAGUUUAUACCUACCUGAACUUGAGACAGCAACAAUCCAAAACAUCUAAACAAGCCUCCUCUUUCCCAAAAUCUAAACUUAGCAAGGAAAAUGGAAGCACUCAUGAUGAGAAGUUAGGGGAGGAGUCUGUUUGAGGUAGGAGAUGAUACUCGCAGGCGUUACAUCGAUUCGUUUUUAGCUAACUCAUCCAUUUUUCUGCAGUUAGUGAUAGGGAUAGGGGAUAUAUGCAUGUUCAUACGAGUAGACUCUUCGAUUUUUAGCGAUUUUUCUGCUUCAUAAUCUUUCAUUCUCUUGCAAAUUUUUGUUUCCUGAUAUGUAGAGUUGUCAAACUAUUAACAAUACAUUGUAGAAAUGAAAUAUACAUUGAAGAAGCCAUUGGUUUUUGUU